UUAGGUGCCCUGCUUGGCUAUCAUGUACCUGCAACCGUCCAUCCAUCCAUCCAGAUAAACACAGCCAGAGAGGCAGGCUCUCUUGUGUGCAUUGCCUUCGCAGGCGCGUGUCUACAGCCUACUAACGGGUAGAGCCACGGGCCGAGCCAGCCGCCAAGCGAGUACUUGACAUUGAGCUGCAUCCAUGAGACAAGACAAGCACAGACACGAGACAAGCAGGGAAAUGGAGCGAGACACUCACUGCUGGCCGACAGACCAUAGCGAAGUUGGCAUUGUCUCGUGUGAAGAGGGCGUCGUUUGGCACCUCCACUUUGGUGGGGACGGCGUCGUUGGUGACGUCCACGAUGGACAGGAAGCUCAUCGACGCUAUGCUGCCGCUCCAAAAGAGCAGCUGGAAACUGUCGUGCUGCACCCACACACACAUGAAUGGAUGGACGGACAGCCUGAUACAUACAGAUGGCUGGAUGAGGGCAGGCCCACUCACUCACCCAUUCAUAGACGCCGAGCAAGCGCCACAGCGGCGGCAGGUAGACGACGGUGCACAGGAAGUGACCUGACAGCCAGACACAUCGAUGCACCCAUCGAUCGCUCGAUGUGGGAUGGUCAGGCGCACAGACACAGACACACACACAGACGUACACGUACAGGUGGCGCAUGUGAGGAUGGAGUAGUGGUCGGGAAGGACAGACGGGCCCCCACACAGAAAGAACAGUGUCUGCACGACUGAUUCACGGACAGGCAGACAGAAACAGACAGACAGACAGACACACGCAAAAUACAUUGAAUGUCGAUCAGUGGCUCACUCGGCACAAUGACGAGAACCAGGGCAAAGCGAUAUCUGACAAUAUGAAGAAGAAGCUUGAGUCAAUGUGCUGCAGCCGGGUGAGUGACACUCUCUCAUUCGCUGACUGACUGACCCGACAUCCGGCACAGCGACGUCAAAUCGGAGUUCUUCCACAAUGGCGAUGCCGGCGUCCCAGCCCGAUCUGUGUGCCUCAUUGGAGGCCGUGAUCAGCAGACACGUCAGCCACAGCCACCGACGGUCGCAGGGGCUCUUGGGCGCCACUAGCCGGCUUCUCGAUUUGCUGGACGGCCGUGGUGAGACAACAGCCAGGUCGUCGACACCUCUCCGCUCAGGCAGCAAAGACUGACAAGACGACACACACACACGUGCUCACAGACCAUCCCUGUCUGUCUGUCUGUCUGUCUGUGUAUGCAUGUGUGUAUUUCUCUCUCCUUUAUUCUCAGUCACUCACGGACCGGCUGCUGUGCGAGUUGCUUGAUGAACUGCUCCCUGGGUUGCUCGCCGUACACGUCACUCUCGCGCAUGCAGCCCCACACCACACAGAAACCCACCAAGAGCAUUAUCAACAGCAGCAACUGGGGCAGCACGAACCGACUGACCGAAUGACACACACACACACACACACACACGCACAGGGUCUCUGUCCAAUGUCUCUGCUGGAUGUUGCGUGUCCCUCGCCCACUCAUGCACCCGAAGAUCAUUGGCCCUAUCUUGAGGCGGCACGUGUACAUGGACGAUGUCACCACGGGACCCAGAGCCAUCCCUGCUCCCGCCACAAACAAGCAGAUCAGCAUGAAUGGCAAAGCACGGGGCGCGUGCACACUGACCGAGCCAGCCCGCUGCGGUCUGAAGGUUGAAGUAGAAGGUGCGGUGCUCCACGCUCGUCGUCACCGUGAACAAGUGGCGGGAAGUCACCAUGUUGCCGCCGGCUAUGCCGUUGAUGCAACGACCAACCAACAGGAGCGUCAGCAACACCCACUGCGGACUCGUCUGCCGUCGUGUGGGCGGCUUCCCAUCCCCCUGGCCCUCCUGUGCAGUUGGCUUCUUAUCUUCCUUUGGCUUGGGGUCUUCACGAAUUGAUGUUCUCUCCGCCAAGGAUGGCGCAUUAGGUGAGGGCGAGGGGGAGGGGAAGGGGGAGGGAGAUGGUGGCACAGUCGUGGCUGUUGGCUGGUGACGGUAUGACAUGGAUGACGGCCCCUGUGACCGCUGGGCAGCAAAAGCUGACGAGGAGAGGAAGGGAGACAUGGCGCACGUGAUGAUAGGAAGACGGCACAGGAUGCAGCCAAACAUGAGUACAGUACCACCGAUCAUGAAGGUCAGUGUGCCGAGCAUGAGCAAAGCGAGGCAGAGGAGAUGUCGCGUCUUGAAGCGCCACUUGCACGGAUGCACAUGUAGGAUCUGGAAGAUGACGAAGCCCAGGAUGAGAAAGGCACUCUGACACCCAAUCACGUGACCGCUCAAAGACAACUCCCCACUGCAUAUGCGAAAAGACACGAAGACAAGAAGACAAGAAGACAUAUGGAUCAUGUCGGAGUUGCGUAUGUACCCCAGGGACUCGACAAUCUCGCUGGCAGCUGGAAUGGCCGCCGCAAAUAUAUCAUGUAGUACUGCACACACACAACAAGAGACGGGGGGAGAGACAGAGACCUGACCGAUGAAUGGAUGGAUCGAUGCAUUGUCUCACGUGUGUGUGUGUGCAUACCCACCAGGCCUUGAGGCAGCAUGUUGAGAGCAGCGAGGUACGCCGGCGGAUAGGUGGGCUUGUGCAGACUUUCAGCGGGCGCCGGCCUGAUGUGCCCUGGCGCCUCUGCUGCGAUCCUCUCGCCCUCUUCGACCCUCAAGUGCGGCUCAGAAGCCACCACAUGAAUCGACCGUCGUGGUGGCACCUCAUCGAGGGAAGUAAGCGAGGUCCUGGACGAUUCUCUCUCGGCCUCCUCGAGGUUCUCCUGGCGGAUGAGGCGCGACAGCAGGGGCUCUGCCUCAUCACUCCUAGCCAGCGCGUCCGAACGCAUUUCUGGAGCCAAGCUUG